AUGUCUUACCUUGCUACUCUUCUUCGACAACCUCCUGGGACAUCACAUCCUUCUAUACCUUCGUGUUCCCGAACGCCAUCUCUGGAAAGACAAGAUCGUGAACAGCAGGCCCAUUUCAUCACUUUGUCUCGAACGUCCACAUCAUCAUCGAACACUGGUCCUCCAAGUAGAAGUCGAUCUGCACCUCCCAUCCCGAACAAAGUGGCGACAUCCAACGGGUCGUGCAUGGACACGAUCGUCUGCAGCCCCCACUCCGUAAACGUCGAGAACCUCUACACGCUCAAAACAGCCGGCAAGAAGGCCUCGAAGGACUCUUUUUUCCGGCGAUUUUCGCGCAUACAUGCAAGCCACAAGACGCAUGACGGGGUUUCUUGUUGUAUAGACGGAGACUGCGCGGAGCACUUCGACGACGACGCGACCCUCAUCACGGAAUCGGACCCGAUACCAUUGCACCACCAUCCGAUCGACGAGGAGGGCAUGGGCAUGUUGGCAGUCGAGGACGAGACCCAGCAGCGUCCAAACCGCCCCAAGAAGAUCCUUGAGCACAUUCCAGGUUUCUCAGACGACGAGGACGAGUCUGCUCAGCCGUCCACCUUACCUCCGCCUCCUUCUCUACGGCCACCUACCUUCUGGGGUUUGCGAGCACGACCCUACUUGCCUGAGUUCAUCAUUGAAGAGGAACCCCGGACGAUUGUACAUCAUACCCAUUUGACCCCUCCUCCUCGGCGAGGAAGGCAAAGUGGCAAUCGAAGCAGGCUGUGA